AUGGGAGCUGAUCACUUUACCAAGGGAAACAGGAGAGAACUUUCCGACGAAGGUGCACGAAAAUUUGGACAUAGUCCCUAUCUGGUGAAAAAUGGACGACACCAUGAGGUUGUCAUCUCCCAACCUUCUCAUGUCAAGGAGUUUUAUGCGCAGGAUGGUAGUGAUCACCAAAAGCUCCAUGACUGCAAUAUGGGGUCAAUGUUUGCCAGAACUCUAGGUUCAUGCGUAGGCGUGCAAAAUGGUGCCAAUUGGAAAAACACCCGAUCAUAUCUCGAAGGUCAUUUUUCCUUCGCGUCAGCUGCCUCAUUCGUCCAAGACACCCAGCGCACCAUAAAUUCCUGGGUACAGGACCUGUCUCGUGAAUCCAGUGUCAAAGACCAGUCGGCUGGAAGCUUUUCCUGCGACGCGUCGACUGUUUGUCGACAACUUCCCUUUCGCCUUAUUGCUAUGGCUCUAUAUGGACCGGUCUUCUCAGAAUCUAUCUUUGAGCGUCUUUGGGAUUUGAACGAGUUGCAUGAGCAAGUGACAGGGGUCACGUUCUUAAGCCCUUUGGCCGCGACACGACUCUACCGUUGGCUGCCAACCAAAGAGAACAGCACAUUGAAAGAGUUCAAUAGACGAUGGAAGGAGUUGACUUUAGAGGUUAUUGCGAGGGCAAGAAAGAUGGGCGUCUCCUGCCCAGUGGAGGGCAUGUACCAAGCAGUUGAACAGGGCAAGAUGGACAUGAAGACUUUCCUACAAUCGACCGACGAGAUACUUUUCACGAACAUCGACGUCACAUCCAGCAUGUUCGCAUAUUGUUUGAUCAACCUUGGACGUAAUUCAGACGACCAAGAAGAUCUUCGGACCGAGAUUCGAGAGAAAUCAGUGACAUCUGACUCUUUGCUUCGAUACAUUCAAGAUGAAAAUAACCUCCUCCACCAGUCAUACCUGGAAAUUCUUCGGAACAGCCCCCCGCGGUUUUCGCUUCCCGAGCUUACCGCGAAGGAUAAAUCUAUUGGAGGGUAUUUGAUCCCGCGCGGGACCCCAGUAAUCAUCGAUGUUCGACGACUUAAUCAGGACUCUCCUACUUGGGCUCCAGAUGGCACGGCAUUCCGACCUAGCCGGUGGGAAUCAAUCUCCCGAAUGGACGCACGUUACAGCCUUUAUGGCUACGGGCUUGGUCCACGCAAGUGUUUGGGUAAAAACUUUGCAUCAAUCAUGAUCAAAUUGCUCAUUAUCACGGCGUUGGAGAACUACAAGUUGAGUGCCGAGGUCGACUUGAAAACUCGCCGUGAUCGAUGGACUUGCACACCGAACUCAGUUGUAUCGUUUGGAAAGUUAUCAUAA